AUGUCGUACUUCUUUUCCACUCCGGUGGAUAUUGACAUCGUCCUGGAGGACGCCGAUAACCGGCAGAUGGUCGAUGUCAAGCUUGACAAGAACAGGAGAGAAAAGGCCCCUCUAUACAUGGACGGCGAGUCGGUCAGGGGCGCCGUGACAGUCAGACCAAAGGAUGGCAAGAGGUUAGAGCAUACUGGCAUCAAGGUGCAAUUUAUUGGUACAAUAGAAAUGUUUUUUGAUCGCGGUAAUCACUACGAAUUUCUCUCCCUGAACCAGGAGUUGGCGGCGCCAGGCGAACUACAGCAUCCCCAGACCUUUGACUUUAAUUUCAAAAAUGUCGAGAAGCAGUACGAGUCAUACAAUGGCAUCAAUGUCAAGUUGCGCUACUUUGUGCGCGUGACUGUCUCCAGGCGCAUGGCCGACGUCAUCCGCGAGAAGGACUUUUGGGUGUAUAGCUACCGCAUCCCGCCCGAGAUGAAUAGUAGCAUCAAGAUGGACGUGGGUAUCGAAGACUGCCUUCACAUCGAGUUCGAGUACAGCAAGAGCAAAUACCAUCUCAAAGAUGUCAUAGUUGGCCGCAUCUAUUUCCUGCUCGUGCGCCUCAAGAUCAAGCACAUGGAGCUCAGCAUCAUCCGCCGCGAGACUACGGGCGCCGCUCCAAAUCAGUACAACGAGAGCGAAACGUUGGUGCGAUUUGAGAUCAUGGACGGCUCCCCAUCCCGUGGCGAGACCAUUCCGAUCCGCCUCUUCCUCGGUGGUUUUGACCUGACGCCAACUUUCCGGGACGUCAACAAGAAGUUCUCCACUCGUUAUUACCUUUCCCUGGUCCUCAUUGACGAAGAUGCGCGACGAUACUUUAAGCAAUCUGAGAUUAUUCUUUAUCGGCAAGCACCCGAGGCUGCUGGCAACCAACCCUUGAUUCAAUCUGUGCCCGAAGGCCGUGCGGAGCCUUCUGGACCGAAACCACUACCCGUUGAGGCGUAA